AUGCAUUGGCCUCCUGUGGCCGAAAAUAGUACACCCUCGAAAGUGGCGAAGCCGUCCCGAUCACAAGUAUCACAUACCAUUAAUCUAAUUGAUACUCCCGGCCACGCAGAUUUUACAUUCGAGGUUCUUCGUUCCUUGAGAAUUCUUGAUGGCGCCGUGUGUAUCCUUGAUGGUGUGGCAGGGGUAGAAGCUCAAACCGAGAAAGUAUGGAAACAGGCAAACAAUUACAGUAUUCCCAGAAUUGCUUUCGUCAAUAAGCUUGAUCGUGAAGGAGCUGCCUUUGCAAGAACUGUCCAAGAAAUCGGAUCAAGGCUUCGAGGUUGGCCUGCGGUUUGUCAGAUCCCGUGGUGGGAAAGUGGCAAGGGCAAGUUUAUGGGAGUUGGCGAUGCAGUUGACCUUUGUGCUCUGAAAUGGGAAGAGGGCAGUGACGGUAAAUCGAUUCAACAUUUCACUCUUCAGCAGCUGCAGAAAGAUGAACCAGAGUUCGCUGACGAGGUCGUCAAGGCACGAGCUGCACUCGUAGAAGCAUUGUGCGAGUUUGACGACGGACUCCUUGAAACCUGGUUGGAAUGUAAUGAUGAUAGCCUACUCAUAUCACCAGAUGACAUCAUUAAGAGCCUACGAAAAUGCGUUCUUGAUGGUUCUGGUAAGCUCAUACCAGUCUUUGCUGGAGCAAGUUUCAGGAACAUCGGGGUUCAACCACUCCUUGAUGCCAUCAACAACCUCCUACCGAACCCUACCGAGAGGCCAGAGCCAGAAGUACGACUAGGCAGCCUGCAUGGCAGUUUAACCCAGCUUCUAGAAGGAAAGCUAGACCUCGCUGCAGCACAAGAGAGACAGAUUUCUAAGAGAUCUAACCCUCGAACUUCUCUUAUCGCCCAGCUCGAAGCUUGUGCGCUCGCUUUCAAAGUAGUUAAUGAUCCACGACGCGGUGUACUAGUCUAUAUCAGGGUAUACUCUGGCACAGUCAAGCGAAACACUGCCUUGUGGAAUACGAAUCUUCAUGUUUCUGAGAGAGCCCAGAGACUUUUACAAAUGUACGCAUCUGAUGCGGUAGAAAUACAAAGCAUUCCAGCUGGUCAAAUUGGUGUUAUUGCCGGUUUAAAACAUGCUCGUACGGGCGAUACCUUAUUGUCUUAUACAGGAGCUCAUCCAAAAAAUGGCCCGCCAGCACCACUGAAUAUUCUUCAGUUACGCCCGAUCGAUGUCCCUCCACCAGUAUUUUUUGCCGCAAUAGAACCGCACAGCCUAAGUGAAGAGAAAAAUGUUGCCGAGAUUUUACAACUCUUGUUGAGAGAAGACCCGAGUCUUCAUGUCAAUGUCGAUGAAGAGUCUGGCCAAAUGCAGCUGAGCGGUAUGGGCGAGCUGCACCUGGAAAUCGCCAGAGAUCGACUCGUGAAUGAUUUCAAGGCUAAGGCAACCAUGGGCAACAUUGAAAUCGGCUACCGUGAAUGUGUUUUAUCCCCUACAUCAACUCAUAGGUACAUUUUUGAUCGUGAGGUUGCUGGGAAGAAAGGGAAAGCAGGGUGCGAAGCUAGUAUUAGUCCGGAUGAGCAGCCGCUAGAAGACUCUGACCAUACUAUGCAUAUCGAUGGAAACACAAUCACAAUUCGAAUUCCAAAGCCUGCUAAGAAUGAUGGAAGCGAUGGAACCCUGAUAUUGCCUUCCGACAUGACUCUCGCCGAGGUCCAUACUGCUUUGCUUAAUGGGGCUGUCGCGGGUCUAGCCCGUGGUCCACGUCGGGCAUUCCCGCUCCAUUCUGCGCAUGUGCUGCUAAAGUUCGAUACCAUCGAAGAUGUUUUUGGCUCUGACACUACUUCUGCUGCAUUAUCUUCUGCAUCAAGGCAUGCUGUACAAGCUGGUCUCAAGGAAGCGUUCCAGGCAAACUCUAUUGGACUAAUGGAGCCUGUCAUGAAUGUAGUUAUCAGCUGCGACGAAUCAUCCCUCGGCGCAAUUGUCCAUGAUCUCUCAUCUGCUCGCGGUGGCCAUGUACUAUCACUCGAAAAUGAUAAUGAGGUAGAAGAUCCAGAAGGCGAGCUGUCUCCGGUUGAUAUAUCCAGAGUUUACACUCCUCCAGAUCCAUUUGCCUCAGAAACCAGCACUGAUCCGUCAGGCCCUGGCCAGCAACGUCAAAUUACCGCCAGAGUACCAUUGAAGGAGAUGGUUGGAUAUUUGAAGCAUUUAAGGAGUAUGACUGGUGGUAGAGGAACAUUUAUUAUGAGUGUCGAUAGAUUCGAAAGACUCUCUGGACCAAGAGAAAAAGCUUUGUAG